UUUGUUGUCUAUGAUAAUAAUUGGAGCGGCUGUCAUUGAUCAAAGGAAGUGUAGUAUUUUCGUGGACAAAACAGUUCUGUUAUUUUUCUAACAUAAAUUCAUAAACAAUGGCACGAGAAAGUAGCGCAGGAUUUGACCGUCAUAUUACUAUCUUUUCUCCUGAGGGCAGACUGUACCAAGUCGAGUAUGCGUUGAAGGCGAUCAACCAGGGUGGGCUGACGUCGGUGGCGCUGCGUGGCGCGGACGCGGCAGUGGUGGCUGCGCAGCGCAAGGUGCCUGACCGCCUUCUCGAUCCCGCCUCAGUGACACAUCUGUUCCCACUUACCAAACGCAUCGGUGCCGUCAUGACAGGCAUGAUUGCGGACAGCCGGUCGCAGGUGCAGCGGGCGCGCUACGAGGCCGCCAACUGGCAGUACAAGUACGGCACCGAGAUCCCCGUGCACAUCCUGUGCCGCCGCAUCGCAGACAUCUCGCAGGUCUACACGCAGAAUGCUGAGAUGCGACCGCUCGGCUGCAGCAUGAUGCUGGUGGCGUUCGACGAGGAGAGCGGCCCGUGCGUGUACAAGACGGACCCGUCGGGCUACUACUGCUCGUACAAGGCGGUGGCGGCGGGCGCCAAGGCCACCGACGCCAACGCCUACCUGGAGAAGAAGCUGAAGAAGCGCUCCGACCUGAGCGCCGACGACGUGGUGCAGCUCGCCAUCUCCUGCCUGUCGCAGGUGCUCUCCGUCGACUUCAAGUCCUCCGAGAUCGAGGUCGGCCUCGUCACUAAGGAUGACCCACAGUUCAGAGUGUUAGCUGAAAACGAGAUCGACAGACACCUCACCGCGAUUGCCGAGAAGGAUUGAAGGCGUUUUUGUUAACAUUUAAAAUCUCUAAAUAAUUUUUUAAAUAAAGUAUUUAAUAAACGAC